AAAAAGAAGAGAAAAAAGGCGCAGUCUUUGUGGCAAAGAUUUUUUUGUGUUUUUUUGUUGUUGGUCAAACAAAUUUAUAAAAAAUAAAUUAAUCAAGAAAAUUUUAUAAUUUAAUUGAAAUCAACAAAAUCCAUGUUAGAAAAAAGUGUAAUGUUUAAGUGAGUAUGUGUGUGUGUGUUUUUAUAAAUAUAUGAAAAAAAUAUUUGUGAUUUUAUGAAAAAUCAAGAAAUAUCAGUUUUCAAUUGUUACUGUAUGGUGGGCCAAGUGAAACCUUAUAAAAUUGCAAUAAAAAAAGAUAAAUAAAAAAAUUUAUUAAACAAAAGCCGCUCUAAAAAAAUUCUAUAUAAAAACAAACCUAUUGUAAAACCAAGUUUAUUAAGCAAUAAAAUUAUUUAACAAAAAAUACGAAAUCUAUUUUCCACAAAUAAAAAAAAAAACAAAAUAUUUUAAUUACAAUUUAAAUAGAAAAUUACUAAAAAACAAACAAGUGAAAGUUUAGUUAUAGAAAAUACAUGAAAUAAUUAAAACCCUGUCCAAAUAGAGUCUUAAAGGAUUAUAAUUUCAAGAAAAAAAGGAUUAAACCAUUAACAAAAGUUCAUCACUAUGUUUACUCUCUGCUCUCCUGACUCUAAGCAGAGUUUAUGAUCUUGUUAAUAGUAAUUAACAGGAGUUAAAGGAAAUUCUAACAAGAUGUCCUGAUUUUUUUAAGAAAUAUAUAAAAUGUCUAAAGACGUUAAAGCCGAUUUUAAAUUUAGUUGUAAAGGUUGUGAUUUGUCAAAAAAUGGCUUAAGAAAGAGCGAGUAAACUCUAUUUCUAUCUGUCACACUUAGCUUCCUCUCAUCAAUGUUUUUCUCAUAAACAUUAACACAAAAAAACAAAAUAUAAAAAAAAUCCUUUAAAAAAGAGAAAAAAGUUUAACAAGAAAUACUCAUAUUAAUCGUUCCUUCUCUCACUUUCACGAAAGUUUAAAAGAUCAAGAAGAUUCUCUAACUACAUACUCAACGAACACAAAAUAGAUUUAAAAUAAAAUGAAUUCCGUUAUUUCUGCAUUUAAGGCCAAAAAGAAUUCCAGCCAACAGGCCAAUAAUAUCACCGGAUCCAACACCAAUGGCUGCAAUGAUAAUAAACAUAAUAAUUUAAGUAUGAUUGCCAAUACAUUGACCACCUCCUCCUCGAAAAAGAAGGCAAUUAAUGCCCAGGAUAAUAGCUAUCAAUAUUUAAGACAUAUACGUGAAAUAGAUACGGCCACCAAAUUGUUAUCACCCAUAGUGGGGGCAGAUGAUUUGCUAGAGACCGAUAUGCAUAAUUUUCGUCCGGUAACGGCAGCAGUGGCGGGUGUUGAUGUCGUCGAUCAUGUUCCUUUACAAACAGUGCGUUUGACACCCAAUUCCUUGGAAACAUCCAGUCUGGCCGAUUGUAAUAUGAAUGGUGGCAAAGGUGUUUUAACACAUACACAAAUGGAAAAUGGCAAUUGCCAGGAUUCUUUGGAGGAGUGUAUAAAUGAUAGUUAUACGAGCAUAUCGAAUGGUCAGCACAGUUUAACCAGCAGUCCCACUUCCCAUUUAAAUGAGCUAGACGAUGAUGAAUCUGAACAUUCUAUAACCGCUUGCACCAGCACCACCAGCAGUAGUUCCAGCGAUCAAAGCAAUAGUACUGUGGUGCAUAGUCCCAUAGCACCUACAGCGAUAGCUGCGGCAGCCAAUAACAAAUCACAGAAAGCAUUAAACUCAUCAACAACAGCAACAGCCAACACUUCAGCCAAUUUACCCAGCCCCGCCAAAAGUCUGAAUUUGAGUCUGAAUAGUAAUACCUCCUCUCCCUCACUAAUGUCUUCAUCCUCCUCCAUUUCUGUUUCUUCCAAUUCGAAUACCUCUCUGGCACUCUGUAAUUCCGGUCCCAGUUCUUGUUCAUCCGCCACCGGUUGUGAUAUCAGCAGCAGCAGCAACGAUUAUUCCCAACCUUCAUCACCCACUCUGGUGACACGACGCAGUUCACAAUCUUCGACCAGCUCGGAAUAUGUACCGGCAUUUUUGAAAUCCUCACAUGUAACAUUGCCCAUUAUAAUGCCAAAUAGUAGCAGUAGUUUGGCUUCUUUACCACCGAACUCGAAUCAAAGUAUCGGUGGUACACCGGUUAACUCAGCGGCCACUACACCCAAACACACACGCUAUUCCAAGCCGAGACUGAGUUUAAGUCGUUUUAUUAAUCAUUCUAUGCCCUCGGUUCAUGGUCGUCCAAAUUUAAGUUUAGCUGCGGGUACACCGGGUAGUGCGAUUAAUGGUGGUGCUUCAGGUGGUAACGGCGGCAAUCCUCCAAAACGUGCUUCAACACAUCAGAGAAAUUUAAGUUUAGAUUUCAGAUCUAUGGGCAUUUUAUUGCCACCCGUUUCCCAAGUGACUAAUACCCGCAUUAAUUUAACACAACAUCAUCGUAAUCGCAGUUUGGAUAGUGCUUUACAAAGGAUACCAGAGGUUGAAGUCUCUUCGCCCAAUGCCGAGAGUGAGAAUACAUUUUGUACACCAUCCAUACUUGGGUCAACAAUGUGUUCGAAAAUUGUAACGACCGCAGCAAAUGUAACAGCAGCGCUUACCACCACCCAAACACCCGCACUGACGUCAUCGACAACAACAAAUGCCUCAACGGCAGCAGCCGUUAAUGCAGCAGCUUCAUCAUCAUCACCAUCAUCCUGUUCUGCGUAUGAAAAAGCUGCAAUUGAAACUGUUUCAACAACAGAACCCACAAGCAUAUUGACAGCAUUACAAUCAACAACAGCUGGAGCGAGUUCAAGAGGAGGCGGAGAAGUGGGAGCAUUACACAAUGAUAUUAAUAAUACAGUCAUAGUUGAGCCAUAUUGUCCUAGCGCACGUUUACGACCUAAAUCAUCAGAUUCUGCCACAUCAUCAUCUUCAUCUACGGUACAACGAGCUGCAUCAUCAGCAUCUACUGCUUCCUCUAAUGCUUCAUCAACAAAUUCAUCAUUUGCUAGUGGUUCAAAUAAUGCUCUAGCUGUUAUAACCGGUUCAAAUCAUGUCAAUCAAAAUGGUAAAAAGCGAGAGGAUUUAACCAGUCUUGGCUCAGAUGAUUCUGGAAUAAUUUGUGGUUCUGAUUCUGAUCAAAUCUCUUUAAAUCGCAUACGGCAUUCUCACGAAUCUCUAGAUUCUGGUGAAAUGGACAAUGAAGAAGAAUGCAUGGAUAUGCUUGAAACCACAUCAAUGGAUGAGGAAUACAAUAUGUUACAAUCGGAUCUGCGUUUCUAUCAAUCACCCGAUACUGAUUGUCGCACUCUUAGACCUUCUAAAAAGAAACACAGCAAUAUUAUACAACAACAUCCAGAUAAUAAUGUGGAUAAAACUCUAAAUGCUGAUGAUAUGAGUGGUGAAGUUGACGAUGACAUGGAAGCAGGUGGUGAGGGAGAUACCAUAAGUGAACGUCAACGUUAUAGAGAAAUGAACAUGUCUCAAGCCGCUAUAAAUAUGGAAAAAUGUAAAAUUUCCACGAACUCUGACAACACAAUGCAAAAUGAUAAUACUUCGACAGAUGUAGUAGACUGUCCAACGCCCACUUUAAAUACUAACACACCAGCUGUUGUAACAACAGCUAUUGGGGGUAGUAGUGGUAAUAAAACCCCCUCCACACCUAGUGAAUCAUCGAAAAACGAUGUUCUGUUCAAGAAUUUCUUUGGAGCCACAAAAAAUGCUAUAUUCCGCACAGCUCAAAGUAUAAUUGAAAAUCACGAAAAGAAGAAUGCCUCAAAACAAAAUCAAAAAUCUACUGAGGAAAACACUAACACAGCUGGUGGUGCAGCAACUCCCACAGAGCAAAUAAAAUCUCCUACGGACAUUUCGAAAAAGAAAGAAUUCUUUAGUUUAUUAACAACAAAGAAAGCAGCAGCUGCUGCUGCCGCCGCCGCUUUGGCCAAUACGCCGGUCACAACUCCCUCAACACCCGGCCAGGAACAAGCCGGAAUUAAUGAGAAAUCUAACGAUAAAGAUAAUACAACGGCAUCGACGGAGUGUAUGGAGAAAACGUUAAGCUUACAAGUACCUAAUGCAACUUCCUCCUCCUCCUUCAACUCAAUUAUUAAUAAUAAUUCUUUAACUGUAACGAAAUCAUCUUCCAUAUCAUCUUUGAACAAGCUCAAAGUACCCGGUGUAGUGAAAUGUUUUAUCAAAGAGCGUCCUACAACUUCGCAGGAUUUAGCGAAUCAACAAAAGACUGAAAAAGGUCCCAGUGGCCUAUUGAGAUUUUUUGAAUCCCCAGUUUUUAACAUACAUUUCGCCAUACAUUAUCUCUUCUAUUCCAAAGAACCGGGAGUUCUUAGUUUUAUAGGCAACAAAAUCUUCAGUUUCCCCGAUCAGGAGGUAGAUUUGUAUAUACCACAACUGAUUGUCAUGUAUAUACAAAUGGAUGAAUUGGCUGAAGUAUUAGAUCCCUAUUUGACCAUUAGAUGUCGUAAAUCGGUAGACUUUUCUCUAAAGUGCCUAUGGCUAUUGGAGGCCUAUAAUUAUCAACAUGUAGAUACUAUGGGUAGUCGUAAGUCGCAAUUGGCAUUAAUGAAAGAGAUCUUCUCAAAGAAGGAACGCAAGCAGUUGAGUACAGUUGAUGUAAAGGAGACAGCAGUAUCGCAGUUGGCUCAGCCUGCUGUAGCAGCUGUACCAGGCGUUGUUUCUCCUUUGACCAAAAAGACCCAUCAUAGAUCACAAUCAGAUGCCACAGUUCUGUUGGCCGACUCCAGGCGUGCUAAUUCUAAUUUAAGUAUAUCAAAUCGACUGUAUCAACAACCCCCUUAUACUACACAAACCUUGCCUACCACACCCGCCAAAUUAUGUCUUGGAGAUUUAACUUCCGGCCGCGCCUUCGACAAUGGCUGCACUUGUUUCGAAACGGUGCGUGGCCAGGUCAACGAUUUGCUUGGCCACAAGACGGUGUGUUCAUGCAGUGCCCCCAAAACUGCUCCCCAAAAGGAGUUCAUGAAAGCUCUCAUCAAUGUUGGAAAAAAUCUAACCAAUCUUCCCUCAAAGGCGGAAAAGACUUCGGCCUUGAGAAUGUUUUUGAAUUUGAUUAAUAAAAAUCUUCCGGCUCGCGUUUGGUUACCCCUAUAUUCAGACAUUCCACAUCAUGUUGUGCGCAUCACAGAGGAAAAGACUGCUGUUUUAAAUUCAAAAGAUAAGACACCCUACAUCAUCUAUGUGGAAGUGGUAGAAGUGCCCGAUAUCUACUCUUCAUCUCUCAUACCCAAAAUGAUGCCAUCACUGCGUCAUACAAAAUCUGAAGAACAUUUAGAGGGUGGUCUUACCACCACCACCAACACCACUUGCCAACAUUCACAACAUCAACAUCAUGCCAUUUGUAGUCGUACUUCCAGUUGUAGUAGUCAUAGUGGUUCAUCAACGUGUAGACGUAAAAAGGAGAAGCUAAUGUCGGAAUCAUCGACAGGCAUAAGUGGCGAACAACAGCAACAGUGUUCUUCUACGGAACAUAAUACAACAACGACUACUAAUACAGCAGCCAGCAGUAGUAGUGUUGGUGGUUGUUUAGCGCCACCUCAGCUGAACGAAGAUGACGUUUGGUCUCAAGAGGACGAUGAGAUAACAGCUCAAUAUUUACACAUGCGUAAAAUGCGUUCACAAUCCGAACGUGAUGCCAUUUCACAAAUGUCCCUGGACUCUUGUGAUUCAAGGGAUCAAGGCAUGCCCGUUUUAUUCAAUAUUGGAGAUGUACGUACCCGCCAUUGUAAUAAUUUAAAUUGCGAAAAUACAAAAUCAUUUAGCAAUGAUCCAGAAGAUCCCUCAGCAGCAGCUCUUAAGGAACCUUGGCAUGAAAAAGAAAAACAAAUACGUGAAUCUUCACCCUAUGGACACCUCUCCAAUUGGCGUCUUCUAUCGGCCAUUGUUAAGUGUGGAGAUGAUUUGCGACAAGAACUAAUGGCCACCCAAUUGUUACAUAUGUUCAAAAUCAUUUGGCAAGAAGAACAUGUUGAUCUCUGGGUGCGUCCCUACAAAAUCGUCUGUCUCUCUAACGAUAGUGGUUUGAUUGAACCUAUUUUGAAUACGGUGUCAUUGCAUCAAAUCAAAAAGAAUUCCAAUAAAUCUUUACGUGAUUAUUUCAUCGAUGAAUAUGGUCCAACUGAAAGUGAUGCUUUUCGUUUGGCUCAAAAGAAUUUCGUACAAAGUUGUGCAGCAUAUUGUUUAAUAUCGUAUCUGUUGCAAGUUAAAGAUCGGCAUAAUGGCAAUAUACUGUUACACUCUGAUGGCCAUAUUAUACACAUUGAUUUUGGUUUUAUUUUAAGCAUAUCACCUAAAAAUUUAGGUUUCGAACAAUCUCCUUUCAAAUUGACACCCGAAUUUGUGGAUGUCAUGGGUGGCACAAACUCUGAACAUUGGCGUGAAUUUAAUCGUUUAUUGUUGGUGGGCAUGAUGACUGCUCGCAAACAUAUGGAUCGUAUAAUUAAUUUUGUUGAAAUUAUGCGAAGCAACGCCCAAUUACCAUGCUUCAAAAAUGGUUGCUCCGGAACCGUACAGAAUCUCCGCAAACGUUUUCACAUGAACUUAACCGAACAGGAAAUGGAACGUAAAGUUGAACAAUUGGUACAAGAUUCCCUAAAGAGUCUUUCGACCAAAUUAUACGAUGGCUAUCAGUACUAUACGAAUGGCAUAUUGUGAGAAAGGUUUUUUAUGAAAAUUUAAACACCAAACAAAAGAAAAAAACCAACAAAAUAAAGGUGUAAAGAAAAAACUCUAAAGGAAAUAAUUCUUAAGAAAGAGAAAUGUUAAUCAUUUUGUAUAAUGAUGCUGAAAAUAUGAUAUUGUGAGUGUAAAUAUAGUUUAACAAUUAAAAUAUAAUAUAAUAUUAUUAAUAAAUAAUUAUAGAAAAUAUUUAAAAAUAAAUUAUAAAAACAACUUUUGCAAAAAAAAAAAGAAAAUUUUUAAAUUAAGGAUUUUUUAUAUAACUACCAUUUAUUUUUUAAAUUAAACAUAUAGUUUAUCUUUUUUUAUAAAGAAAAUAUGUGUCCCCUUAAAACGAACCCCCCCCCUUCUAAGUGUAAAAUUUAAAGAAAACUUAAAAAAUUAAAUAAUUAAAUUUAUUAAAAAAAACUUUUUUUUAUAAACAAAAUUAUGUUUUAUAUAUUUUCGUUUACAACAUUUCUAAAUACUUCUAAAUGUGUAUAAUUUUUUUCCAUUAAAUAACUAAAUAAAACCCAUUAUAAUUAAAUAAUUUUAAUAAGAAAUAAAAUAAACAAUUUCUCUAAGAGCGAAACCUCUCUCCCUACUACCCCACUUUAAAUAAAAUAGUAAAUAUGUAAUACAUACUUUUAAAGCCUUUAAAAUUAUAAAUAAAUAAACUUAAAACUUUAAAAGAAAUUAACUAAAUAUAUUUAAAACAAAAAAUAAAUAAAAUAUAAUAAAAUAAAAUAAAUAUAUAAUUGUAUGUGUCUGUCUGUAAAAAUGUAUGCGUGUAAUUUUGUUUGUUAACAUUUAAAAUGUAUGUCUAAAAUAUAACAAAUAUAUUAUAAAAAUAAAAUAAAAUAUUUUUUAUCUUAAAAUUUAAAGAAAAAAAAAAAGAAUUGUUAUUAAAAGCUCGUCAAGUUUUCACAUAUUUAUAAAAAAAAAACAAAAAAAUGCUAUAAAAACAUUAUAAAAAAUAAAACAUAAACUAAUUGCACUCUCUUCUCUUUAAAAUUUAGCUAAAAUAAAUCAUUAAACAAACAUUACAAAAACAAAAAAAGAAUAUUUACUUCAAAACCAGCUUGACACUUAAAGUGUCUUUACGUUUUUGGUAAUAACAUUGCAAUAAUUUUAAUCUAUAAAAAAAACCCACAAAAAAUAUCAAAAUUUAUUUUAAAUAUUGUAUAAAAAAACAAAAAGAAAUCAAGAAAUUCAUGUGCGUAAGCCAACAGAAAAAAUUAAUAUAUUUAAUUAUAUAAGAUUUACAUUUAUAAAAGUAAAAACAACAACAUACACAUUAUUAUAACAUGCAUCCCAUACAUCAUUCGAAAUUUAAAAA